AUGACGAACAAGGUUGAAUCAAAAUUACGAGAUGAAAAAGAUGCAAAGAGAAAUUUAUGUAAACCACAAGAUAACGAAGAGUAUGAUUAUAUAACAAUACCACCUGAUGGAGGUUAUGGUUGGGUUGUUCUUAUAGCAUGUUUUAUGAUUAAUUUAAUUGUUGAUGGUUUUCUUUAUGCAUUUGGUGCAAUAUCAGAAACUCUUCGAAAACAUUUCGACUGUCACGAAUGGGAGGUUACGCUCGUUAGUUCUUUAGCUUGUGGUUUUUAUUUACUUAGCGCACCAAUAGCUUCUGCACUUUCUAAUAAAUAUGGUUGUCGUAAAAUUGGUAUUAUUGGAAGUGUUAUUGCAGCAUUAGCUGUUGCAGCAUCAACUCGAGCACCAAAUAUAUAUAUAAUGUGGUUAUUAUUUGGUUGUAUCGGUGGUAUUGGUAUGGGACUUGUUUAUUUACCGAGUAUUAUUAUGGUUGGAUAUUAUUUUGAAGAAAAACGUGCCAUUGCUACAGGUAUUGUUACAGCUGGUACAGGAAUUGGUUCAAUUAUAUUUGGACCAAUGUCGCGUAUAUUAUUCGACAUAUUUGGUUGGAAAACAGGUGUACUUAUUCUAUCUGCUAUUCUUCUUUGUUGUGUUAUUUGUUGUAUUUUUAUGCGUCCUUUACAACCAAUUCAAAAACGACGUGUUUUACCGUCGAGUGACUUUUUAUAUAAAGAAGAUGUACUUUAUCAAGGUGAUACGAAAGAUUUACCUGAAUAUACGUCUCAACCUGAUAUACCAACUUACAUUCAACAAACAACAAAAGUUCCUGAAACUGUAGAAAAAACAAAAAUGAAAGCAUUUUGGGAUAUAUUUCUUUCGAUGGCAGAUUUUAAUAUUUUAACUGAUAAGAAAAUGCUUAUUAUUUGUUUGGCAAAUGUUUGUUCAAUGAUUGGUUUUUAUUCACCUUAUUUAUUUAUUCCAAAACUAGCUGAAUUAGAGAGAUCGAUUCCUAAGGCCUCAGCUGUUUUUCUACUCUCAAUUAUUGGUUUCAGUAAUACAGCUGGUCGAUUUGCAUCUGGAUAUAUAACAAAAAUUCCUUAUAUGUCACCAUUACUUGUUAAUAACAUCGGCUUAAUUGUUGCUGGUAUUGCUACAUUACUUGUGCCAUUAUGUCAAACACAUAUACACCUUAUCUUUUAUUGUAUUAUUUGGGGUGGCUUUAUUGCAUUUCAUGUUUCAUUAAGUCUAAUAAUUGUAUGUCAAACUGUUGGCCUUGAACGUUAUAGUAAUGCGUUAGGUUUAACAUUAAUGUUUCGAGGUAUUACUGCAUUAUCUGCUCCACCUAUCAUGGGUGCUAUUCGUGAUGCUACAAACAGUUUUGAUAUAGCAUUUAUCAUUGGUGGUAUUAGUUUUAUAAUAAGUGCAUUGAUGUACUUUUAUCUUAUGUGGAUUAUUCGUCGAGAGGAAGAGCAAUUGAAUAGAACAAAGAAAAUUAAUAAUAUUCAAAGAACACCAGCUUCAUUAGAUAUAUAA